UUUUUUCCUUCACAAAAUUCUCCUCCUCCUCUUCUUCUUCUGAGCCAUGGCUGAGGCUAACUGUUUCAACUCUCUUUAUGUUUUGCUAAUGUUAUUGUGCUGCGCCACGUGUUCCUACGGGUUUGGUACUUUCGGCUUUAGCAUCCAUCACCGUUUCUCGGAUCCGGUUAAGGGAAUUAUGGCCGUUGAUGACUUACCGGAUAAAGGAAGUUUCUCUUACUACUCUGCUAUGGCCCACCGUGACCGCGUGUUUCAUGUUCAUGGCCGUGGCCGUGGACUUGCAACGGAAAGUGAUCAAACGCCGUUAACUUUUGAAUAUGGAAACGACACUUACCGACUCAAUUCCCUUGGAUUUUUAUAUUAUGCCAAUGUUUCGUUGGGUACACCAGCUUUGUCGUAUCUGGUGGCGCUAGACACCGGAAGUGACCUGUUCUGGUUACCAUGUGAUUGUACCAGUUGUGUCCAUGGCUUGAAUACUACAACAGGGCAGGUAAUAGAAUUUAAUAUCUACAGCCCUAAUGCAUCAUCAACAAGUUCAAAGGUUACUUGUAACAGCUCCUUAUGUGAAAGCCAAAACCAGUGCCCUUCAACUACCAGUAAUUGUCCUUAUCAAGUUCGAUAUAUUUCUGAGGGCACUUCAUCAACUGGGACCUUGGUUGAGGAUGUACUGCACUUGAUCACAAAUGAUGAUAAUUCAAAACCUUUUAAUCCUCGUAUUACUUUUGGUUGUGGUCGCGUUCAGACUGGUUCAUUUUUGGAUGGUGCAGCACCUAAUGGUCUAUUUGGGCUCGGUGUGGCCAACCAAUCAGUUCCUAGCAUCUUAGCAAGUCAGGGGCUAAUACCAAAUUCCUUUUCUAUGUGCUUUGGGAAUGAUGGUGUUGGGAGAAUCAGCUUUGGAGAUCAAGGCAACUCAGGCCAAGGAGAAACACCGUUUUCUCUAAGGCAAUCACAUCCAACAUACAAUGUUACUGUCACUAAAAUUGAGGUUGGGGGUUCUGCCUCUGAUUUAGAGUUUACUGCAAUCUUUGAUUCUGGUACCUCGUUUACAUACUUAAAUGACCCAGCUUAUACACAAAUUUCUGAGAGUUUCAAUAACUUGGCACAAGAAAAACGAUUUACAUCUGAGAGCUCUCAGCUUCCUUUUGACUAUUGUUAUGUCUUAAGCUUAAAUCAAUCUAACUUCAGCUAUCCAGUUGUGAAUUUAACAAUGAAAGGUGGCAACCCAUUUUAUGUCAAUGAGCCAAUAGUAGUUGUUUCCGCUGAGGAUAUCAGUUUAUACUGUCUUGGUGUUGUCAAAAGUGAUGAUGUGAACAUCAUUGGACAAAACUUCAUGACUGGUUAUAACAUGGUCUUCAAUCGAGAAAAGAAUGUUUUGGGUUGGACGCCAUCCAACUGUUACAACGAAAGCAGCACCAGCAUUUUCCCAGUUAGCCCACCCACAAAUUCUGCAGUUCCACCAGCUACUGCUGUCAAUCCAGAAGCCAGAACUAGUAACAGUAAUAACACUCCCAUAUCGGCACCAACUACAGGAAGUCAUUCACCUAAUUUACACCCUUUCACUUGUGCUAUUAUGAUGCUUCUUGUUUCCUUUUUAGCUGUUGUCUGAUGUUUCUUUCCUUAUCCUGAGAGUUUCUUUCCUUAUCCUGAGAGUUUCUUUAAACCCUGUAUCAUAUUGGUAUUAGAGGUCAUUUUUUCCUGGAAAAAUGAUAUUUGCUUCUCAUUUUUUUCGGAGUUAACAUUAUUUAAAGAUGGGGUUGUAUAUAUAUAGGCUGUAUGAACAGAGAUCAGACCGGUAGGAUAGAUACUCCGGAUUUGGCAGGUUAUUUGAACAAUUUCCAUUAUUAUUAA